UGUCCGGGGGAAACUGAACGAGCGGCGGUGUGCUAUCUGCCACAUUUGGGGGUGUGAGCGGACCAUUUUUCGGUCCUUGCUCACUUUUAAUCUCAAAUUUAUUAUAUUAUUGUCAAAAGUAGUUUCAUCUGGAUCUAUGGUCGACUACUGAUCUCCUGCCAUGCGCAUAGAUGAGCAUCCAUACUGCGACUGCCAUUUUACCUGUGGAGCCGUGGAACCGGGGGGUUCUGCUCUGCGUCUUGGUUUUUGACUCGACCAGCUGCAGAGACAGGCACCACACACAGACGCAGCAACUAUAAAAGCUCUGCGUAGGCAUCCACACGUUUCUCCUCAGCUUUUCCACACCUGCUUGGACCAUGAUUCCUGAAUAUGUGUAUGUGAGAUCCCGCCAUGCAUUCGGUCCAGACAGUGAUGUGGGACCCCCACCCCCCGUCUAAGCAUGCCUCGCCCCUCCCCGCUGCGCCACUACUCUCCAGCUCGCGCCGUGCCCGUGUGACCGCAGCCACCCCGGCCAAGCGGAUCACCUUCUACAAAAGCGGCGACAGCCAGUUUGGGGGCGUCAGGAUGGCCGUGCACAAGCGCAGCUUCAAAUGCUUCGACGCGCUGCUGGACGACCUUUCUCAAAAGGUGCCCUUGCCAUUUGGUGUGCGGACUGUCACCACCCCCCGCGGCAUCCACGCCAUCAAACACUUGGAGCAGCUCCAGGACGGCGGCUGCUACCUCUGCUCUGACCGGCGCCAGGCUAAGCCAAUAAACAUGGAGCUGGCUUGCAAACGCCCGAGCAUCUGGUACCACCACAGCCGGAGGCCACAAAGGCCCGAGGCCUCGCCCACGACGCCACCUGGCCACAUGCAUUACAAGCAGCGGCGAAUCCUGCUGGUGAAAAACAGCGAGCCGGGCAUGAGGAGGAGCGUGGUGCUGAGCAAGAGGUCAGCAAGGAGCCUGAGAGCCUUUCUUGACGAGGUGUCUGAGGUGAUGCAGUUUCAUGUCCGCAAACUCUACACUGCAGAGGGGCGCAGGAUUGACAGUGUGCAAAGCUUGAUGACUUGUCCUGGCGUGCUGGUGUGUGUCGGCCGAGAAGCCUUCAGUCCGUUGCUGGUGAACUUUAUUCGGAAGAGCUCAGAGGAAAAACUGCCCGGUUUGAGCAGCAGGUCUUCUGGUCUUGGCCCCCGGACUCCUGGAAAUGGGGCCCGGUCCCCUGCUACUCAAGCAGUAAGGUCGCCCCCGCACGGAGCUCAGUCCAGGGCUAGUGAGUACAGUGAAGGACAUGAAAGCAAGAAAAAUGUUAACUUUGGUCUGGAAACCAAAAAGAGCAUCAUCCACCCCCGCUCCGAUUCCUCAAACCGCUCCGCCCGUUUCUCUUUGUCUUCUGAAAAGUCCUACGGCAACGGUGUCAGCACCUGCUCCCAGUCCAGACCGGGUAUCAUGAACGACGACAUUGAAAAGCGUGUCCUGGUCAACAAAGAUGGCAGCCUGUCCGUGGAGAUGAGGGUGCGUUUUCGCCUCCAAAACGACGAGACCAUUCAGUGGUCCACGCAGAUUAAAAAGUCCCCAUCUCUGACCAACGAAUGCUGCCCUCUGGAUCAAGCCCAGCCGCAUUACCUGCAGCAGGGCCAAUCGGAAAGCUGCUCUGACCCUGAUUCCACGUCCUUUGAGCCAGAGGUCGUGCACUAUCCCAGCCAGCCUCGACAGUGUGUGAUGGAGGGGAACGGCUGCCCUUGCUGCUACCAAAGACAGGAACCGCAAUAUGAUUUGUGGGAAAACCCUGCACACAGCCACAAACAUCCUCCGGCCCCACCUCCACACAGAUCCACACACACUAUGGUGAGACAUACUCACUCAUCUAGCUCUUCCUCAUCUUGUAACUCCAGAAGGGUGGUGCGCUGCCGUGCGCAACUCUCCAGUUGCGGGGCGGGCUCAGGUUCGGAGCAGAGCCAGCUGGUCCAGAAACAAAUGUGCUUGACGGAGCAGGUUGAGCACAGUGUUGAGGUGGAGCAGAAUGGGGGCACGCAUGUUGAGGUGUGCAAAGUGAGCCGUUGCUGCAGUCGGAGCGAAGUGGUCACCAUGGAUAGCAACCUUCGACCGCUCAGCAGAAAAUCAGUCGAGGACGAGCUAACAGUAGAAGGACAGGAUGAGCGACCAUUGUCAGCGGUUAGUGCAUCCUCACAUGUUCUUCAAUCACUGAAAGAAGACCAGGAUGAUGAGGAGGAGGAGGAUCUGCCACCCAGCGCCUCACAGUGCUGCCAUAGCAGUGAGCCAUCUCCAACCCCUGAGCCUCACCAGAAUGAAAACACACCAAGCAACGUGGCAAAGUCUGCAGCCUCUUCUUGUCAUUGUGGAGCAGCCACCCCACACUCAGCAGUUACAGGGGACGUGAUAGUUCGAGCGCCCAGCUCCAGGUCCAGAAUAAGUGAUGCUCAGACCCCAAAAUCAGAGGCAGAGGAUGAAGUUGAUGGUGAGGAUGCAGAGGUAAAGAGGGGUGUCAGUAGCUUGUCUGGUCACACAGGACUAUCAGCAGGUUCUCGGAAAUCAGGGGCAUCCAGUGUGUGCCGGAAUUGUAAAGGCUGCAAAAGCAGGUGCUCUAAUUCCGGCAGCAGAGCUUCACGGAGAUCCAAUCGCUCCAACCGAGCCUCUCCAAAGCCUGCCUCUCCUCUCAACAACCAAGAGAAUAUAGACAACGGCGCGGACGAUGCUGAUUCAGAUGAUUCAGCCGUGUCAACACAAUCCAACAAGUCCAACCUCACCAACAAUGGGCGUGUCUCUACCUUAUCGAAUGUCUUGGAGGCCAGAGCAGCCAGUGUCAUGUCCAGAACAUCUCACCCUGAGUCAGCGGGAGAAGAGGAAGACAGGGCUCCAAGUGCCACUUCAGCCACAAGCCACAAAUCUACCAGAUCUCACAUCUCUAAUGGCUGCACAGCAGACAAAAAUGAGGAGAGAACCCCCAGCGCAAUGUCGGCCCGGUCCAACAAGUCCAGCAAGUCUCACAAGUCUAAAAGCGAAGCUCCGGACAUCAGUUCAAGAGAGGAAGCAGAGGGAGAGGACACUGGUGAGAGAUCAGUCAGCUCCUUGUCAGCAAAAUCUGGCGCUUCAGAGAAGUCUCAUAAGUCCAACUGUCAGGCAAUUACCAAAGCUGCACCCCCAACUGAGGACACAACUACGGAAGAGGAUGACACAAACAACAGAGCUUCCAGCAGCCUCACUGUUAAGUCUGAAAAGAAUGAAAGACCUGAUAGUGUCCUAUCAGCCAAAUCUGCUAAAUCAAAUGUUUCAGCAAAAUCUCGCAGGUCAAAUUGCAGCAAUUGCGCAAAAUCUGUAUCUCCGGUUAGAAAGGCAGCAGAUGAACCCAAAAUCGAGGUAAAUGGAAAGGAUGAAGACACCGAAGUAGAGGAAAGAGCCACAAGUGCAAUGUCAGCAAAGUCCAAUCUGUCUGCCAAGUCUAAUAAAUCCAACAAAACCAAUAAAGCUUCAGAAAGGUCACCCUCCCCCAGGUCAGAUGCUGGGGGAGAUGGAGAAAUAAGGGCAACAAGUCAAAUGUCUGGCAGAUCAGCUAAAUCAAACAAGUCUGUUAAGUCUACAAAGUCGUCCAAAUGUAAUGGCAAUGCAGCUGAAAAUGAAAACAACAUUGUAGAAGUGGAAAGGCCAGUCAGCGCAGGCUCCACCAGAUCUCAUAAAUCUAACAGCAAUGGAAAGACAGAUGCAAAUUCUGAAAUAGGAGAGAAUCCAGAAGAAGGUGAGAAAGCUGAGGAGCGGGCAGCCAGUGCUUUAUCUGUUAAAUCAGCCUCCUCUGCAAAGUCUCACAACUCAAAAACAGAGGUGGACCAAAUUGCAGACAGAGGUCCCAGUGCCAUGUCAGGGAGGUCGCAGGCCUCUGCCAAAUCCUCCAAGUCCCAGAAGUCAAAACAUAUCUCGGCAUCUCCAAUUCCCAAUGAUGCUGAUAUUCCUGUUAUUGAGACAGAUGGAGAUGAAAAACAAGCUGAAACUCAGGACCGGGCGGCAAGUGCUUUGUCUGUAAAGUCAAAAUCUUCAGUGAAGUCCAGUAAUUCUCACAAGUCCAGUUCUAGCAAGAAUCUCUCCAGUGCAAAUGCUGUCACCAUUAACACACCAGAUGAGGAUGAUGAGGAAAUAAAUGAGACAAAAGAGAGAUCACCGAGUGCUGCAUCAAGAAAAUCCAACAUUUCCGCUGCAGAUGAAAAGACAGUAGAUGAUGUUUCACGAAAAAGUAAAUCCUCUGAACUCUCAAAUCGGCAAUCACUUUCGCCCAAGAGAGCAAAUUCACCACGGACCCCGUCACCUAAACCUCCAGCUGCUACUCCCAGACGUUCUCAGUCUCCUGCACAACGGUUGCUGCCUGACCCCGGUGUUGAAGAGACAAGAGGGCCCAGUGCCUUGUCAGUUCAUUCAACAACCUCUACUAAAUCCAACAAGUCCAGGUGUCGUUGUGGAUUGGAGGGAAAGAGACAAGAGGAUAAGGAGCACGAGAAAUCAAAAGAGAAUGAAGAUGUGACAAAUGAUAAGGCAUCCGAACGAGCUGCCAGCGCCCUGUCAUCCUCAUCUAAAAGACAGAAGAGAGAAUCAGGAGGCACGGAGCAACCUUCGAGACGAAACUCAUCAGAAUCAGUCUCUCUUGGGUUGCCAGAAGACCAAGAAAUAGUUGACUCAGACAGUGGUAAGUCCACUCUUUCUUUUCACAAAAACGCUGUUAGCCCAGAGCCGGAGAGAGCAAGGUCCACCAUGUCUGUGAAGUCCAACGGUAACGGCAGAAAAAGUGCUUCAUCUCACAAUCUUCCACCAGUCGAGAUCCCGACGAUUGAAACUCCAAGAGGAGGUGAAGAUGGAGGGGAAAAGGGCGUGGGGCAAAACUCAGAAAGAGCAGCCAGUAUAAUCUCAGUCAAAAGCAGCAAGUCUCAUAAGUCAUCUUGCAAACAUGGUGAAAAAGCUGCAGCUCAGAUGCUUAACAGUAAGGCUGAAGAAAAGCCUAGCACAACCAAAGACGCUGAAACAGAAAGUGUGAAAUCUGCGACAUCAACAAAAAAAGCUAGAAAUCUGGACUCAUCUGCGAUGUCGUCAGCAAGUGCUAAAGCCCGGAGCAAAUCUCCUGCAAGUGCCAGCACAAAGAAUGCUAAUGUAGCAAAAACAACUCCCGAUCCAGCAAACAAUGACACUGAAAACCAUGACCUUAGUAGACCAGCUAGUGAAGCCAAAGGAGAGGAAGAGAUUUCAGACAAGAAGGCAACCGUCUCCACAUGUUGCCUCAAGCCCAAGUCAGAAGCUUCAGCUCACUCAGAAUCAAAACUAAAAGCCCCAAAGCAAAGUAAAGGAACAGAUUCAGUUAAGAGUCAUAAGGACAAAUCCAACGCAGGAAGCGACAAUGUGAAAGAAACUCCUGUCAAAUCUCCAAGCCGUUGUCCCGCACACAGCUCCAAACCAUGCAGCCAAGUGGAGUCGUGUACUGAAAGCAUUCUGUCUCACUCUCUGUCUGCGGCCGACCUGCUAAAAGAAACCAUGGCGGCUGCUCGUCCAAACAGCCGGCAGUCGAAAGGUAGCGACAAGGCCAGAAGCGGGAAAAGUGGGAGGUCUCCGAGACGUUGUAAGGAUCAGGACCUGACACCUGCCUUUCUGCCCAACGCGUCCCCCAAUGAAGUUGUAAGCGACUGGCUCAGAAGCAUUCCUGCUAACAGCAACAUGCUUGAAUUUGGCGAUGAGUUGAACGAGGAAGAGCAGAGUGCGAAGGAGAUGAAUGAGACCCCGGGAGAAGGGGUAGCAAAGGAGGAGGGGAGCCUUGAGGAUGACAAAGUGGAGGAGAAAGUUGGGCCUGAAGAGGACCAAGGAGAGGAUGACGAUAAAUGUGAUGUAGCACCGAAGGAGAGGAGUUCAGAUCCAACUCCAGGCGACGCAGGAGGGACGUCUCGCACCAAUGCAAUAUUGAGCGUCGAUGGUCUUCCAAGGAACUGGCAGUCCUCUGUAGCCGUGAUGAAAGUUCUGCUGAGCUCUUCUCUGGGUCGAUGUCGGAGCAUGCCAGAGGUGUCUCCGGUUUAUGGACGUAGACUGAGCACAUCAGCCAGGGGUCUUUUGGACUGCCUGACCCAGCUUCAGCUUAUCGAGCCAGCAGUGAGCCCUGGCAGUGACCACAAGGACCGACAGCAGCAGUAUGACGACAUUAUGGACAUCCUUCAAUCCCUGUGGCUCACUGACCCCAUGAACCUUCAGAUUAAGGAGGGGAAAGAUUGUGGCCCAGAGCAGGUGACACCACCUAGGUCCUCCUCCGGUGUGGAUAUGAGUAGCGGCUCUGGUGGAUCAGGGAAGGACAAUGAAACGCCUCCAAAAGAGACAGAAUCUUUACACGAGGAUGAGCCGGUGGGGACGCCUGUGGAAGUGGCAGGAGACAACGAAACUAAGAUAGAACCUGAGGAGGCAUCAGCAGAGCAAGCUAAGGAAGGCGCAGAAUGCGAACAGGUGCUUAGCGAAGAACAAAAUGGGACUCUGGACAGCCCAAAAACGACUGAGAACCCCUCGUCAUCAGACAAAAGCUCCGGCAACAGCAGCUCCAAAUCCCCCACUGAUAAUGAGCGAGAGACGAUGGAAGGCUCCAGCUCAGGGACGCCACCGACCGUCCUACGAGCACCGUUGUCCAAAAGGCUAUCGCAAGACCCCGAUCCGGUGUGGGUACUUAACCUUCUGAAGAAGCUGGAGAAGCAGUUCAUGAACCACUACAUUAACGCCAUGGCGGAGUUCAAAGUUCGCUGGGACCUGGACGACAGCCUCAUCUUGGACACCAUGAUGUCCGAGCUGAGGGACGAGGUGAGCCGUCGCAUCCAGAGCAGCGUCGACCGUGAGAUGAAGAAGAUACAGAGUCGAGCUGGAAGAGGGGGAAGGUCGCCUCGGCCACCGCAAGGAGGGAACCUCUCCAGAGAGUCCACCAUGACGGAUAAGAGGCGCCGAAUGUUGAAGAUCAUGAAGAACCAGUCUGUAAAAACCGCCGACUCUCUCAGCGACGGAGAGUUGACGGGCGAGUUCAGCGACCAGCGAAGCGACGACGAGUACUGCCCCUGCGAUGCGUGCGUGCGCAAGAAAUUGGCCGCUCGGCCUCUCAAAGCAAACCCGCUGGCCGCCGAAGCUCCUGUGAUGAUGGAGUUUGACCUCCUCAAGAUACUUCAGCUGAAGAAAAGCCCGACGCCUUCUCCUGUAACUGCGGUAAAACCUGUGGAGGUGGAAUGCGACAGCAUGGUUGUAGACGAGGAGGCGAGGAAUUUAGAGGUAGUCCAUGAGGAAGAGGAGGAGGAGGGUGAAACUAAGGAGAAUAUCAGACCUGCUAUUGUAUUAGAGGAGACGAUUCAUGAGGAAGAUGAGGAAGAAGAAGAAGGCGAGGGAGAGGCAGGAGAAGAAGAGGGGAGUAGUGCAGGAGAUGAGGAGCAGGAAGAAACAGGUGGUGAGGAAGGUGGGGAAGAGGAACCAUCAAACAAUGAAGAGGAGGAGGAGGAGGAGGAAGGAGCGGAGGAGGAAACAAGCAACAAAACAACCGAUGAUGAGGAGAGAAUGGGUGAGGAUGAAGGAGAGACAGGAGAGGAUGACACAGGGGACGACAAGGGAGAGACAGCGACCGGGAAUGAAGACGAAGAAGAGAGUGACAAGGACACGGUAAAGGAGGCGACAACAGGCGAAGGAGACACCACAGAAAAUGGAGAAGAAGAGGAGUGUGAGGGGUCCGACUCCAAGCCGGAGGAAGAGGAGGAGUCUGGGGAAACGGGCGAUGACGACACAGCAAACGCAGACUCAACGCCGGUGGAAGAGUUAGCGGAGGGGAACGUCAGCGGCUCCGCCGAGGCAGAGGACGAAGACGAAGGGGGUGACGGGACGGCGGAGGAAGAGUCACGCGAAGACGAAAAAGGAGAAGAGAGUGAAGAGCAGGAAAAGGGGGCGUCUGAGGAGGAAAGAGUCUCACCACAGGACCAGGCCGGGGCUCCCGUCUGCGUGACGGAGGGAGAAGAGGCCGACGCCGAAGACUCGGACGGCGACGGCAAACGUCUGAGUGACGAGAAAGAGGGAGACGGAGGCGAGGGGGAGGCUGUGGAAGACGUCGUUGAGGAGGAAGAAGGCGAGGAUACGGUGGAGGGAAACAAGAAGGAGGACGGGGCUCUCCUGCACCAGUUCACCAGGACGUCAGUGGAGUCCCAGCCCGGCUCGUUGGAGGACGUCGGCACAGAUUCGGCCCCGAUUCCCUCCAUGGCGCUGCCCAAAAUGGCUGCGGGUGGCGGCGCCAAGAGGAGCAGAUCACCAGCGAGGGUCAAACAAGGAGGGCGAUGAGGAGCUGGUAAACACGUCUUAGUAAACAUGAGGUCAGAAACUCUAAUAAACACACUCUUUCAGGGAUUUAACCUUUAGCCCACUGUGUAGGUUUAAAGGCUCUCUUUGAACACUUGAAGCACUUUAUCGCUCCACAUCUGGUGUAGAAGAAGACACGGCGACUUACACCACGACGGAAACGAAUUGUAGAAAAGCUGAAACUUGAAACCCCCACCUUAUCCUACAUUUGAAUUAUAUUUAUAAUUUGUAUGUUAGUUAGUUAGUAUGUAUAAUAUAUAUUUUUUUUGGAAAAAUGUGAACUCAGUUUUGUGUUCAGUGGACCACAGGUUUAAUGAUUCAUGAAAUCACAUAGCCAUUUCAAUACCAAGUACCUCGGAGACAUUUUAGAUGCUAUUUCAGUAGUUUUUGACAGAACCAAUGUGUCAAUACCGUGUUUAUUACAUAUUAUUGGACCUGUCUCAUUGAGUCAGUGGGUUCAGACAGCACAGCUUGCUUUUAGAAAGGUCACCUAGCUAUUACUUAACCGCCUGCUUAGAUCUGUACCCUGUUAAGACGUCCUCUGUUUAAACCUAUACAUGCUCUCUGAUGUAAUCUGAUUACUUUAAAGAUUUUUUUGUGGGAAAGUAGGCAUGUUCACUUUCAUGCUGAGAGUUGAAGAUUGAUACCUCACUCGUAUCUGUUUGACGGAUAUGAAGCCACAGUCGGGAGAUGGUUAGCUUAGCUUAGCUUAGCAAAAAUAUGAUGAAACUACACUGUAAAAAUUACAUGUUCAGUUUCACAGUGAAUUUAAUUUCUAUUAGGGCUAAUUUCUAGUUUGAAUUGAAGCUAGGCUAACCGUUUCCCUUUGAGGAGUUAUGCUAACAUGGUUAAGCUAAUCAUGUCCAGGCUCUUGCUAAUUAUUCAAACUAGAUAUUCGCGACUUCCCACUUACUAGCGGGUAAUUUAAGGAGAGGCAGAAUUUUUCUUUUUCUCAUUUGACUCUUAGCAGGAAAGUAAACAAGCUAUUUUCCCAGAUGUUUCAUUUAAUUUUGAAUUAUUUACUCAUUUUAAAUUAACAAAAUAACGUACUGUAAUUUAGCAAUCAUCUUUAAAUAUUUACUUAUUUUUCCUUCUGACAUGCUUACGUGUGAACUGUAUCUCACAAUACAUGUAUAGUUCCUUUAUCUGCGGUCAAAAUGUUUCUUUUCCCAGUUGCACAACAUAACAAAAUGUGACACUGAGCACAUAUUUGUGUGUAUUUACGGUAAAUACGAGGAGGCGACAGUCUGAAUUCGAGACCGUCUCUCUGCUGCUUCAGUUAAAGAGCUCUCCUUUAGGUGCGUGUUGCCGUGCAUGCUGUCGAUUCAGGUGGGGUUUGCAUGACCAGCCAUGUGAAACCAGCGUGAAGCUUGUUACUGAUGCCUUACUGUGUGUCUAUGGUUAUGUGAACAUAGCUCUGUCUGUUACUGGCUCUCCGGAAAUCACAGAGGCUGUUACAGAGGCUGGGAUGGGUCAACGCUUACCUUUUAAAAUGCUGGAAAUAAUAAGUUUUAAGACCCCUCAUGGAGUUAUUUCUUUCAUUUAAACCAAGCUGAGAGAGCAGGGCUCCGAGCUUUUCCACCCACCCGUAGUUUUAACUGUCAGUGUGCUCAAGACAUUACGAAUGAGGCGUGUGUGUGUGCGUGUGCCUAUGCUACUGUGGGUGUGUUGGGUUAUCCAUCAGUCCGUGUCGUCACCAAGUGACCAUCAUGUAACUAGAGCAAAUGAAUACAUGACUGUAACAAUACCAACAUAAAUAAAAUAAAUGCACAAGA